GAUUUCAAAAUAUCACAAAUAAGCACUGAAUUGCUUGAAUGUUUUUCUAAUGAUUUUGCACAACUUCUUGAAAGUGAAUAUGAUUAUAAUGUUAUUGCUAAAGUUAAUGAACAAAGUUUUAAGCUACAUUCAUUA